AAAUAAAAAAUAUAUCAGCAAAACAGCUUUAAAAUCGUAGAAAAUUUGUAUUUAUUUGUAUUUUACAAAAGCUUUUAAACAGGAUAUUAUAUUACAUGUGAUGCACGUCUAUUACUUGGCGAGAAUUCAUCUGGAAACGUACAUUUUACAUCAAACAAUUCAUUGUUGGAUCAAAUUCGGUUGCAUAUUGUAAAUAAAUUUGUAAAAUUGUUUAUACUGUUGUUGUUAUGGCUCAUUUGCUUUCAGAAACGGACGUAAAAGUCACCAGAGGUAUGUUUGUGACUUUAGCAAUUUGGUACUUAGUUCUACAUUAGAAGAGAGUCAGGGGUCAUGACUGGAUGACAUCAAAACAAUGAAAAACCAAUGGAAUAUUCUGAUCAGUGGAUCAUGACUGGAUGGCAAGGAGAAUAGUGGGAUUUUCAAAACAAUGAUAAGACAAUGGAAUAUUCUGGUCACCGAAUCGUAACUGGACAGCAUGGAGAACAGUGGGAUUUUCAAAUCAAUGAAAAAACAAUUAAAAUAGAACAUUCCAAUCACUGGAGCCUGCCUGGAUGACACGUUACACGUACAUACUGCUGUUUAUGAGACAUGUUAUAUGAUGCCAAAAUUAACAUUGUUUUUGUUUAUCAUAUAUGUAGUUGCUGACAAGUUGUCGGAAACAGUACAUUUGAUGUUAAAUGAUCCGUCAACGGGUCUCUACAGAAUUCAAGAACACGUCAAACGAUCUGUGCCUACUCUUGUGGAGAAAAAGGUUGAAAAAUAAUCCAGAAAAGAAACACAUUUAAAAUAACAAAAUAUGGUGCACAAUGGCUUAAUGGUUAACAAGAGGAGACAUUGACAGAUACUCUGUUAACCCAUUAAUGCCCCUACAUUUUCCCAUUAAUUUAAUAAGUUUAGCAUUAGACAGUAAAACAUAUCAAACUAAUGAACAUUAGUGUCCUGCAUUGCGGUUUAUUGUAAUAAGUUGAAUGUGUAACAAUGUGUAUAUUUUACCAAAGGUUGAACUACAGAACCUGCAGUCUAACAUUCAAGGUGCCAGUUAUGAUUUAGACUAUUCUUUAAAGUGAGUAUACCUUUGAUAUACAUGUUAGCUUUCUGUAAAAUUUUGAAAUUUGGUAAAAAAUUUGAAGUUCUUUCAAUUGCAAAUGUAUGCAUGCUUUUAUAUUUUAUUCAUAAUUUAGAACUGUGAAGUCUAUAAACUGGAAUCCACAUUAUACAAUAAUUCAGGUGCAAAUUAGCUUUAUAAAUUUAUAAACUUUACAUAUAGUUAACUAAAUAUACCAUAGCUGAACGCUUACUAUCAAUGAGAUCGUGUAGCACAUGGUAUAGUAACUAUACUUAAUCAUCCACUGUACAUGUGCAAAAAAUGACCUUCAAUUUGGUGGCACAUACAUGUAAUGGAAAUAUAUAUUUGUUGGUUUGUUAUACACUCGUAAGUGUCAAUGCAUUUGACAUUGCAAUGGUUGCAUGGUCACAUCCCAUGUGUAGCACAUUAUGUAAAGGGGGGAUGAAUAGGGGUAUACAAAUCCGCCCAAAUUUGAAGCAAAAUCCGCGAUCCGAGCCAAAAUAUUAGAUAAAUCCGAAAUCUGCUGUAUUAAUUAAUAAGAUCCGAAAUCCUUGUAAAACAUUCGCCAGAUCUGAAAUCCGGACAAUUUUUUCUAUGAAAUCCGACGAUCCAAAAACCUAUUCACCCCCCUGUAAACACUUGAGUGACUUGGCUAUUGAAACACAUUUAUUCUAUUUUACCCAAGGAAUGUUUGAAAAGUGCUAUUGCAUCAAAGACAAAUUUACAAAGGUAGGCUGGAAAACAUAAAAUCAUUGCUCUUGAAAAAUAGUCUGUUACCAUAAUUGUCCUAAACAGUUUGUCUUGAGUAUGAGAGAUAAUUUAUUAACUUCUUCACAGGCAGGAGAGUGCUGAAACGUCAGCGGCAAGCUAUCAAGAACCAAUACCACAGGAAGAGUGUCUUGAUGGUCCUGAACAAGACACUAUCGAGGUAUUGGUGGUAAUAACCAUUGGCGGAAUUUCUCCGUACAUUAAGAAAUAUAUGACAGUCAAAUCCCACUGCAGCCUACUUGCUCUUCAAUUCUCAUUUGUGAUCUCAAUUUAAUUUAGGUUUGAGUAUUCAAUUCCAACCAUAUUUUACACCUUUUAAUUGUUAAUUAAUAACCAACGGUUUAAAUUUUUAAAAUCUUAAAAUCAAAUGACUAAAGACAAUAUUAAUAAAAUUCACUAAAUUAAUGAAUAUAUUAAACAGUUAACGAUUAUUAUAAAUUGAUCAAUUCCUAUAUAUCAUCCUAUAGGGGUUCAUUUGUCCAGUUUGCAUGAAAGUUUGGCCCAAUCAAGAAGAGUUAAUUGCACACUGGGCAGAGACUCAUGAUUCAUCUGCCAAUGACACUGAUGAAUAAUCAAUAAUUUAAGCCAAUCAAUUAAUGUGAGUUGAAAUUAUUACUACACAGUAAAUGCAUGAAAUAAACUUCAAAUGUA